UGCUGAAUUGAUUAUGUGCUCCCUCGGUAUUGGCCAGAUUUUGGAUAACGGGCAACAUCGCCGCAGCGCAUGAAUGCGGCGCGGUCAGAAGUCACCCAAAGGUUGCAGGGUCACCUCCGAUGAAAAGAUGAGGGGAGCUGCUUCUCAUCGCCUCCGAGUUGAGCCGGGACAAAGAUGAGUCGCACAUUGUUGAAAAUGUGGCGCUUUACGUCUUCCCACCUGACCGUGGCAUCUCUGAGCGCUGCGUGAAUGAGGGACGGUGGUAAAUUGACCCACGUCUAGACAAGGAGGACGUAAACAACAUGUUUUGCGAGACGAGCCGUGGCACGCCCCGUGUUUGGGGUUUGCGCUUUACGCGUUUACGUCCCGGACGACUUUUUAUUUUAUUUUACUUUUCACCCUUUGAGUUGUGCACCAAAAACGUGUGCAAAACAUCCAAAAGUACUAUAACCUGUCCCCAAAUUUAAGUCACAACCAACAGCUAUUUGCAAGAAAGCAGCACGCAGCCUUAUUUAUGAAUGACACCUCUAUAAAUGCUGUCUGGACGCAUUUAACAUUGGAUUUCUCACCGGAACGUGUAGCUCCGUGCGCAAGGUUGUUGAGACAGCUUGCAACCACUGCCCCACGUUUUCUUUGAUGUUUUUACAAUGUUUGUCCAGUUGCUUAGCGCAUGGUGCUGCUUCAUAAAAGUUUCAGACACUGGACGACCAUGGGGGCGGUCAGAGUGGGCUGCCCUUUCCACCUCCAUUCACACUCUGAAAGGCUAAUGUUGCGUCUUUCUUUCCCAUUGUGCAGUUUUCGUUCGCUUAUUUCGCCCGUCCGAGGAUGUCGACUUUGCUUACUCUUGCAGGAGUUUUGAUAACCAAGGCGGAUAUUUCAUGCACCUCGGAAGAUUUGGUUUACUUAAUACCGGAAUAUAUUUUGUUCACUAAAUGUCCAGUGCACGGGAGCUCGUCUUGAUCGCUGGACAUACAGCCUUUCUCUCUGCGCACAGCAAACGGACGCUUAUGUUUGGGCACGAAACCGAGGGACCUGUUUGAAAAGCGACAAUAGGCGUCUUCCUUUUCUGAAGGACCCAAAGAGGAAUGGAAUUACUCGGUGGGCGACUCACACAAAAGAGCAACAAUGUAUAAAAUCCCCCCACUACUCUUGGAGUGUAAACAUACAAAGGGUACAAAUUGGCAUAACGCGCACGGCUCAAAUAAACCACCGUUCGGAUGGACACGGGCGUAUUUGUUGGUGCUCCUGGUUUGCGAUUUACUCGAACUUUCUUUGUGUGCAAGUGUGGCAGGGCCCGAUGUUAAGCACGAGGGACUUUGUCCUAACAAGUUGAACUCCAAUCUGUGGGUUGAUGCGCAAAGCACCUGUGAGAGGGAAUGCAGCGUAGACGAGGACUGUGCUGAUUUUGAGAAAUGCUGCACCAACGUGUGUGGCCUCUACAGCUGUGUCGCUGCCCGUUUCUCUGAUGGCACCCCUGCCGGGCCAGGUGGGCAGGGUGGAGGCGACGGAGAUGCUGCCCCCACCUCCACAGCUACAUGUGAGGGCUUUAUCUGCAGCCAGCAGGGAGCCACCUGCGACAUCUGGGACGGACAGCCCAUCUGCAAGUGCCAGGACCGGUGUGAGAAAGAGCCCAACUUCACCUGUGCAUCGGACGGCCUCACAUAUUUCAACCGCUGCUACAUGGACGCAGAAGCCUGCAUCAGGGGCGUCACUAUAACGGUGGUCCCCUGCCGCUUCUACCUUGCUGGGCCCCACACCAGUCCACUGCCUCAAGACACUACAGUUAACCCCACCCCAACAUCCUCCCAAGAGGACCCCUUGCCUCCCACGCUGUACUCCAACCCUCGCCACCAGUCCAUCUAUGUCGGAGGCACAGUCAGUUUCCACUGCGAUGUCAUUGGGGUGCCCAGACCUGAUGUAACGUGGGAAAAGCAGAGUGAGCGACGAGAACGGUUGGUCAUGAGGCCCGACCAGAUGUAUGGCAAUGUGGUCAUCACCAACAUUGGACAGCUGGUCAUUUACAACGCCCAGGUGUGGGACACAGGUAUCUACACUUGUAUUGCACGGAAUACCGCUGGAGUUCUUCAUGCAGACUACCCUCUGUCUGUAAUUCGCCGCGCUGGCGAUGAUUUCUCUGAAGAUCCUGAGAUCCCCAUGGGUCGGCCAUUUUCACCAGCAGACUGCCUGGUUGAGGUAGACUUGAGAGUGUGCAGUGCGGAGCGUCAUGUUGACUGGUAUUAUGACAGCAAGUUGGGCUCCUGCAUGACGUUUAACAGCGGAGGAUGCGAUGACAGCCGCAACCGAUUCGAGACCUACGAGGAAUGUAAGGCCUCGUGUCAGAGAGAGGGGAUGGGGAUCUGCCUCCUACCUGCUGUUCAGGGCCCCUGCAAAUCUUGGGAGGCGCGCUGGGCCUGGAAUUCUGUAAUGAAGCAGUGCCAAGCGUUUGCCUAUGGCGGCUGCCAAGGUAAUGCCAACAGCUUCCGCACUAAAAAGGAGUGUGAGGCAAACUGCCCGCAAGCCAAAAAGAAACCUUGCAGGACCUGUCGGGUGAAGGGGAAAAUGGUGCCCAACUUGUGCCGCAGUGACUUUGCUAUUGUGGGCCGGCUGACAGAGCUGGUUGAGGACCUGGACUCUGGGUUGGCCCGGUUUAGCUUGGAAGAAGUCCUGAGAGAUGAAAAGAUGGGCCUUACUUUCUUUAAUACCAAACACCUAGAGGUGACGAUUGCCAAGAUAGACUGGAGCUGUCCCUGCCCCAACAUCACCAUGGAGGAGAACCCUUUGCUGGUGAUGGGUGUGGUACAGGAUGGCAUUGCCAUCAUCCAAUCAGACAGUUAUGUCAGAGCCAUAACUGAGCGCAGACUCAAGAAGCUGCGAGAUGUUCUGAACAAAAAGACUUGCGAGGCAGUGUAAAGCUAUCAGGACCUUUGGACACAUUUCAAACUACAAACAACAGACUUUAAUAAAAGAACUCAGAUUUAAUAUUCCUUUGCAUCAAAACACAAUACGGCAUGUCAGCGAAGCUAUAAGAGAUCAUUUCUAUGUAUUCAUUUCAGCGCAAGUUUAAAUGCAUUCCAGGUGUGUCAGGAGCCCAUUUAUAGCUGAAUAAUGUUUUAAAAUAAGUUUAAAUAUUGAUUUCUUUUAACAUGUACUCGGUACGUUUGUACUGUGAAAAAUAUGACAGCAGCCUGCAAAAGCUGUAGAUAAAGAAACAUUACUAGGUCUUUAAUACAUGUAUUUUUUCAAUGAAAUGUAAAAUAUAUUCUCGCUUAAUUGUCUCCCUCUGCAAAGCACUUCUGCUAACUUAGCUUCAUGAAUAAAAAAUGAAAUGAAUAGAU